AGUCGGUUUGCCAAAUGGUCACAGUGUCUACAAGUCAGCAAUAAAGUUCCAAUAAAGGCACCAUGCCCAAAUUGUUUUUAUUAGUGCUAGUGUUAAACGCGGCAAUUAUAAUAAAUGCCGACCACAAUAAAUACACCAAAGAAUCCAACUUAAGACCCGGUGAGGCCUACGAUUUUAGGCCGACAAAUUUAAAGCACCUCGACAGGCCGUUUAGGAUGGCCAAAUUGAAUUUAUUGUGGAAUAAAGCCAUCGUACGUUUGACUGAACCCAAACUAAAAUCGUUGUUUGGUGAACUAAAAAUACACGACAAAGAGGAAUUGACCUGGAAACAUUUACGUGCCGAAGGCAAAGACAAGGAUGGGCUCAAGGAGGCCGAACUACGUAAAAAGCUCUCCACAAUAAUGUCCGAUUAUGGCCUCAUGGACACCUUUGAUGACGUCCACGAUGACAACAAGAACCAAGCACAUAAACCCCUAAACGAAGCCACCUAUGAGAAACACAGCAAACCAAUAUUUAAAGAUAAGAAAUUGAACAAGUUGUGGCAAAAGGCGGAGAUGGCGGGUUUCACUGCUGAGGAGCUGAGUGCACUGAAAGAGGAGUUCAGCCACCACCAAGACAAGGUCGAUCAGUACUUCCAACUCCUCGCCGACGUCAGAACGAACGAAGUAAACCACGACGAAAAUUCAGUCGACGAUAAGCUAGACAAAUUCAAUGAGAUCGAGUUCAGGGAGGAGGGCGAGCCCAAGAAGGACUACCUGGAUAAAAUAAACUUGCUGCGCGACAACCACAGGGAGAUCAAGGAGCACUUCGACCACCUGUCACUGUUAGCCGAAAGUGGCCCUGCCAGCAGGGAGUUUGUGGAGCCCCGAGUGAACAGGCUGUGGAGGAUCGCGCUGGAGUCUAAUUUCUCCAGUAGCGAGCUCGAAUCCUUAAAGGUUGAGCUGAGACACUACGAAAACCGGUUGCUCAAAUUCAGACACGUACAGGCGGAGCACGCCCUCAAUGAGGAGGAACGCAAGAAGAAGAUCCCCCCAGGUGAAAAACAUUUUGUUUAUUCUACAGUGGAGGAGUCCCUCAAGAAGCAGGCGAGGAAAAUUGAUAAAAUUCAUCUAGAAUUGGAGUCUAGGAUUAUGCAAAAACAUCAGGAGUUGUAAAAUGUUGUAGUGAAGUAGGAAACCAAAGGAGACGCAUUUAUGUUCUCGUAUUGUGUGGAUGUGGCAUUUAUGUUUCGUGUAUUGUGUGUCUGUAGCAUUUAUAUCAGUUUUAGUGCCAAAAAAUUGUAAUUAUACUUAAAUACGUAUUUCAACAACGGUGAUGAAUCUCUACCUCUACAUUGAUAUUAAAUACAUGUUCAAAUUUUAUUAAUAAUUGGAUUUAAUUGUCAAAUUAAUCAAACUUGAUCGUAACUAAUAAACAGUGUUUGCCAAGGUUUUUGGUAA